CCCCAAAAUCAAUGACGUACACCACAAACGACUGUCGCAGAGCGCUGUGUUGCAAAGUGAGACUGAGAGCCAAAAUGUCUCAGCAGCUGAGCCAAAUUAAUGAACAAGAAACAACAUGCAUCCCUUGUCUGCAUCGUAUUGGCGAUAAUAUAAAGAAGCACAAGCUUAUAAGCCUAGAAAACAAAACAGAAGUUACUGUAGGGAGAGCACCAGAUGUCACCGUUUGUCUCUUGUCUAACAUGAUAUCAAGAUGCCAUGCUAUAUUUAAAUGUAAUGAAAAGGGACAGUGGACUGUGAGAGAUAAUAAGAGUCUGAAUGGAGUAUUUGUCAAUGGAAAGAAACUGGAACCCAUGUGUCCUCAAAAUCUAAUUGAUUGUGACACAGUUCAGUUUGGAGUUACUAAAAAUAGUGAAGAACCUCCAGAAUUCCUGUAUAGAUUUCACACCAAUCUAAAAAUCAAGAGAGCAAGACCAAAGUCUCUUGAUGAAGUUGACUGUGCCACACCAAAGCGACAGAAACCCAUGCCACUUGAGGGACAGACAGUUACAUUUCAAGGACCUAGCAACCAAAAACAUCCUGAGUGGUCACCUUAUCAGGAAUAUAAAGACAAGCUAAAACAGCAAGAAGAAGAAAUGGCAAAAAAGAUGAAGGAAUAUGAGCAAAAGUUAUCUGAAAUGAAUAGUGUUUUAAAGGAUAAAGAAGAAAUGCAGGAAGCUAUGAAAAAUGAGCUGGAAGAGGAAAAAAAGAAGCGUGAAGAGAACAGAAAGGAAAUGGAGGAAACAAUGAAAAAAAAGCAAGAGGAAAUGGAAGAUGAAUUGAGAAGAAAAGAGGAAGCAGAAAAACAGAUGAAGGAAGAACUGGAAAAUAGGUUGUUAGAGAAAGAAGCUACACUGCUUGAACAGUUGCAGGAACAGAAAGAAGGAUUAAUUGAAGAAAAAGAGAAAGUAGAACAAAGUUUACGUGUAGCCAUGGCAAAAGCUUUGGAAGAAAAAAAUAAAACUUUAGAAGAAGAAUUAAUUAAACAAAAAGAGAAACUAGAAACAGUAAUUUUAAAGAAAGAAACUGAACAAAAAAUGUUAGAAGCACAAUUAAAUGAAGUGAAAGAAGAAAAGGACAAACAGACAGAGGCAGUGUUACAUGCGAAACAAGACAUUUUAACUAAUUUUGCAGAUUUAAUGGAAACUGAGUUACAGUGUAGUAUUUGUAAUGAACUAUUUGUACAGGCGACAUCACUGAACUGUUCUCAUUCAUUCUGUGCCUUGUGUAUACAACAAUGGAUGAAAAUCAAGAAAGAAUGUGCUGUGUGUCGAGCUCCUGUAACAACAACAAUGAGGGCAAUAUCUCUAGAUAAUUACAUAGAUACUAUGGUUUCACAUCUUAGUGAUGAGCUUAAGGAAAGGAGAAAACAGUUGGUGGAAAGCAGAAAAGGUGACCAGCAAAAGUUUGAUGAAGAAAACAAACCAAAACCUCCAGUAAAUGCAGGACGAGGCCGUGGCAGAGGUGGAAGACGAGGGCGUGGUGCAAGAGGAGCAAGAGGUGGUGGGGCCAACAACCCAAUAGUUGUACCUGCUGCUAAUCCUUUAACCAAUGCUGUAGGUCAUCAUCCUAUUAUUGUUGAGGAUGAUUUAGAAAUAGAUGGUGUUGAAAUCACCAUUGGAGAAGACGAUGUAGAGGAUAAUAGUAAUCCAUUUACUGAUUCUGAUGAAGAUUCUGCAAUGAAUUCUAAUUCAGAUAACUCGGAUGAUUCUGAUUCUGAAUAUAUACGAGGUGAUGAGGGUGCUUAUUAUGGUGGUUAUGGAACUUGUUACAGAUGUGGUUCACGUGGUCAUUGGGCAAAUGGAUGUCCUUAUAGAUGAAAAGGUUGUACAAAAACUAUGUGCUGGGAGAUUACCAAAAAGUGUUCAAGACUGAAAACGUCAUACUCAGUAUUACCAAAUGUGUUCAUUAUAAACAUUACAUAUAUUUACAAUGUGAAAUGUUAACAGAUAGCCAUAGAAAUAUUUUGAAUUGAUUGUUAACAUGAGUAAAAUUAUGAGUUUCUUAGUAUAGUACAAAAAAACAAAUAUGAAAUCGAUAAAAGAGUUGUAUUGUGUUUGGCUUUAUAACACAAUGGGUUCAUUGUUCACAGUGAUUUAUAAAUGGAUAGAUAGUAAGUGAAAUGCCACUACUAUUUUAAUAUUGAUUUAUACUGUAAAAUAUAAAUCAGACUGACUAUUCAUCAAAUACUAAAAACUUAUCAAUGUCAGUUUUGUCUGUCUCAUAUUGGUAUGCUAAAUAAAAAUUGAUAUAUAUAAAAAAAAUCUGUAAGAUAUCAGAUAAGGUAUAUAUCCAAAAUCAAGAUUUAAUCAAACACGAAUACUGACAAAUGAGUAAGGGCUACCUUUUAAAUGCAUUAUAAGAAGGAAUACAGAUUAUACUACCUUAGAUAAUUUCAAAUAUGUUUGACUGUACAAUGAUUAUAUUUUUUGUGUAAAAAAUUCAGUUUUUUGUAAAAAGUAAUAUCUGAUUUGUAUUAUAACGUGAUAUGCAUAUCUGUGUGUGUAAUGUCAGACUAGAACAGGCAAAAUGUAGAAAAAUUUUCACUGGAAAACCUAAUACUCGUGAAUCGAUAACUUUGGGUACAAAAUAAGUUUUCACAAUCUUAACUUUUCAUUAAAAAAUAUUUCUUGAUUUUAUGAAAGGUUAAUAUACACAUCUACAUUUGAUGCCUAAUACUAUCAUAUUCUUAUCACUCCAAGCAGAAAUGUUGAAAAAGCUCGCACAAAAUUUUUUUGGACUAGGGUCAAACAUUAACAUAAUGUUACUAUACAAAACCUAUAGGUAAAAUCAGGAGGAUGGUGUGAUAAAGAUAAUAUGGUUCAGGAAUCAGUCUUAGUUAGAUACUUGUUUUGUUUAUGAUUUAAAGCUUUUAUUUGUUAAGGUGGUAUGGGAGUAUAAACGAAAAAUAAUAGAAAUUUUCCAACUUUGCCAAAAUGUAGUGUAUAUUGUGAUAUGUUCAAAAAUAUAAAAAAAGUGAUAGGUCAUCAAGCUUGUUUUCAAGCAACAGGUUGUGAAAAAAUGACACAAUUUGUAUUUAUUAUACAGAGAAAAAGCAUCAUGAUGUGAAUAGAAGGUAAACUAAAUGAUAGAAUUAUAAAAUAAAGUAUGAGAAGGUAGCUCAUAUAAAAUGCUUUCUGAAUAUCAAAAGAAAAAAUGGGAUCAUUAACACAAAAUAAAAAAAUGUCCUGAAUGUUUUUUUUCUGCUUUAACAUCAAAUAGGAAAAUUUCCUUAAGAUUCCUUUAUAAAUUGUACAUUUUCCGAGUAACCUCCUCUUAACACGCAAAGUUUUUAUAAUUGAAAUCAAGCAAAAAUAUUCUACUUUUGUUAAAAUAUGAGUGAUUAUAACUUAAGAUCAAUUAAAUUUGUUAACUGAAAUGAAAAUUCUUAUCAGUAAAUUGCAUUCCUGCAUCAAAGUUUGCUGACUUAAUAAAAAGUCUAGACCCAUUGUGUUCUGCUGUUUUCUGAUCCAAGUUGGUGGAAGAUGCCCAUUCCACCUUCAGGAAUACAUAGUUGCUUUAAUAGAGUAUACUGGUUUCUUAUGUCCAAAUCAUUAGGACUUUGGUGGAUUGAUGUCUCAUUGGCUUCAUACCACAUCUCCUUAUCUUAUAAAGUAUAAAAAUGCAAAGAAUGACAUGGGAUGAAGAUGAUUGAAAUUUUAGUUUCAUGUUAAUACCAUGUAAUACUAUUCCUUUAAAGGUAAAUGAUGUAAAUGUAGUUCAGUGUGCACAACAAGCUUUAUCAGUAAAUCUUCAACUUGUAUAUUUAAGACCAUCAAACCAAAAGACAAAAAAAGGGCAAAAACUGUGGUCAAGAUUGCCAAUGAGACAAAUCUUCACCAGAGACCAAAUGACGAAGGAGCUAGCCACUAUAGGUGACUGUAUGGCCUUCAACAAUGAGUGAAACUAAAAAAGGAGAUGUGGUAUUAUUGCCAAUGAGACAACUCUCUGCCAGAGACCAAAUGAUGUAAAAUUUAGCAACUAUAUGUCACCUUACAGCCUUCAACAAGAAGAAAAACAAUGUAUACUUUAUGUAUAUAGUAUCCUGGUUCUUUUACAAGCAAAAUUUAUCAUUAUAAUUACUGUUUAUGUCAGAGGUUGAAUUCGGAUCUAGGUCUUAAUCGUGUCAAUUUCAUUCAAAGUCAAAUUCACUGGUUGGUAAGAUUAAAACUAAAAUUUAGAUUUAAAUGUUCAAUUGCUGGAUAUAAAACAAUAUUUGUACAUUGUAGUAAAAUAUAAAAUUUAUUUGUACUCUCUACGAAAAACUGUUUCUAAAGCUCGUACAUGUAAAUUUUAUAUUUUUCUACAAUGUAUAAAUAUUGGUUAUGUAUUCAGUGAGAUUGUUGACUGGUAGAUUAUAAAACCAGUGCUUUUCUUUUAGCUUAAAUAUACUUGCAUGUAUUAACAAGUGUUUCAGUAUGAAAUAUUUUUCACAGGAAAAUCUGGAUCCUAAGAGGUUGAUUAUAUUGCAGUACACUUGUGUACAGAUAAAUGAGGUCUAGACUGGUUUAAUGUUGAUGUUGUAAGAGUUUUGGUAACUGCUGUUUGAAAGGGGCAAGUUUGAACUAUGUGACAAGGUUUUUAUCAGCGAUCAAAAUUUUGCUUUUAGUUUUGUUCUGUUAUUUUUCUGAAAAAAAUAUCACUAUUUUGUUUUCCUCUUAUUUUUUAUUCUUAUUUUAAUGAUAUGAUUUAUUGGCAGUGUAUUAUUACACUGCAUCAGCAUACAUAAGUUUUGUUAAAAUUACCUUUCUUAUGCUAUAAAGGAUAGUUACAAUUGUUUCUGUCUCAGCUGCAACGAAAGACACGGAAAGUGAGACAUGGGGAUUGCAUUUCUGGCGACGACGAAACCGAUGGCAUCAACAAUUGUUAAGUUUUCUGCUUAAGUUAGUUUGAUAGGAACUACAAGUGAUAGAUCAUUGAUAUUUAAUAUAAAGUUGCAUUACUAACAGUACAUAUCAGUUUGAAGACUAUUUUGAGGCCCUGCCCCCUAGGUCAUGGUCCAGUGACUUUGAAUAAAUAAGCAAUUUUCAAUGUUAAGUUUUCUGCUUAAGUUAGUUUGAUAGGAUCUACUUGAUAGAUCGACGAUAUUUUGUAUGAAGUCACUUUACUUUCAGUACAUAUCAGUUUGACGACCAUUCUCAGGCCCCUCCCACUAGAUCAUGGUCCAGCGACUGAAUUAAUAAGCAAUGUUGCUGUCUAUCAGAUUGUCUUUUUCUGACUUUUAUACACACAGGCGAGACAUAUCUCUGUGUCAACAGUUUAUUUUAUUAACAGUCAUCAGUUGAUUGCUAUGCAAAAAUUGUUUUAAUAUUUUUUCAAUAGGAUUUUUGAACUACAGUGUGUAUUUCCAAAUUUGAUGUAUGAAAUGUGUUUGAUGCUGUUUAAGACUGAAAUUACAUAAGAAGAAAGAAUAGAAUUGCAUUAUUCAAUAAAAAAAAAAGAGAAAAGAAACAAAAGUAUUAAGAGCUUUUAGAUAGAUUUUACGAAUGAAAAAAAUGAUAAAUCAGUCAGAUGGGAACAGGAUUAAUAUGUUUGCCACCAAUUUCAUUUGACCUUUAAGUCUCUAAUGUGAAGUUAACAAAAUUCACAGACAUAUCAAAAGAAUGAAAUAAAAGGACUUGACUGUAUAUAUUAUUAUAUGUGAACAUGAUUUCAUAUUGUUUUAUAGAUAACACAAUUUGACUCAAAUAUUUUAUAAUGAGAAUUGCUUUAAAUAUGUUCUUAUAUUGUUCACUUUUUUAAAUGCCUGUCAUGGAGGGUCAUAUUAUGGUAUAUGAAUUUCUGUCUAUUCAACUACAUCUAAGGAUAACUAAGUUUUCUAGAAAAACUACAACAUUUUACAUAACAUUUGGUUCUGUGAAGAAAAACCCUCUUUUGAUUUUUAUGAAGUUCAAAUUUGUUGUUGUAGAGUUAUGGGAGUUAAAUGUUAAAAAUCUCGAAAUUUGAAGCACGUCCAAUGAUAACUCAUUUUGCUUCAUUAAAACAUCACUCAAUGCUUUCUCCAUGAAGAAGAUCUCCCUUUCAAAUUUAAAAGAUUUUUCAGUUUGUAAUUUCAGAGGUACAUGUAUACAUAAAACCUUAAAAGAUAAAAUUCAAAACUAUGAAGCACAUCUCUAGUUUGCUUUGUUGGAUGUUUUGUUCCAUAAAGAAAGCUCCCUUUCAAUUAGGACAAUUUUAGAUUUGCUGUACCUGAAUUAUGGGACUUGAGAUAUUAAAUUUUUCAUGAAAACUCAUUUAUUUAUCAGAUCGACACAGAAUUUUUACACAAUGAUUGUUUCCUUUAAGCAAACAUCCAUUUUGAUCAUAGAUUUGUUAUGUAGAUUAAAAGGACUUUCUUGGUAAGAUUAUAAAUAUUUUGUAUGUGUUCAAAUGAUGGGGACAGACAUAUCAUGCUUUUUUGGAGCAGCUGUUUAUUUGAUAUAUAAAAAAGUAAACUUAACAUUUGUUUUAAUUGUUACAAAAUAAACAAAUAAACUGGAGAGUAA